CGAACGCUAGAGGGACUUCGGCACAGAGUCGUUUACAAAAAAUAAACAGGACGUGGUCACGUCAGUUACAUUUCACAAUAACAUAGCGGCGUUAAAUAUAAACGCGCAAUGAAUAUGUCGCGUCCGCUCGUUACGUCGCUGCGACGUUGCGUGCCUUUGGGAAGCGGCCGUGUAACGCGCCGGCGAUUCGUCCCCGCGUUGACUGCGAUAAGAACUUUACCAGCUUUACAGAUACAUUCUCUUAAUUGCUGCAUGAUGCACACGGAAAGGCUUGAUGGUAUCACAAAGAAGCUCUCUGUAUCAAGUAAAAUUAUCGUCUUAGAUGGAAAUCUAGCAGCAGGCAAAACAACACUUGGCAGAAUGUUAGCAGAGAAAAUGGGCCUGCUCUACUUUGAGGAAGCAAGUGUGCCAUACUGGGAGAAGAAGAGCAAGGAAAGGGCCCUUCCCCCACCGCCUUUCAAAGGCAGCUGCAGCUUGGAAAAUUUUUAUGCAGACCCAAAGAGUCCCGAUGGCAACUCUGUCCGGCUUCAGCUGCUGAUGUUCCACACACGCCUCCUGCAGUACUCGGAUGCUCUUGAGCACCUGCUAAAUACAGGGCAAGGUGUGAUCCUGGACCGGUCUCUUUACAGUGAUUUUGUGUUCGUGGAUACCAUGCACAAAAGUGGUUUCUUGGAAAAACACGCUGUGGAUUACUACUACGAGGCAAGGGCCAACAGCAUCUUGGCCAUCCUUCCUCCUCACAUCGUCCUGUAUCUGGAUGUUCCUGUGCCUGAGAUUCAGCACCGGCUUAUUCAGCGUGGUCGUCCUUUUGAACAAAACAUUUCUGACAGUUACUUGCAGGACAUUGAAGAUGUUUACAAAUCAAAGUUUUUGCCAGAAAUGAGUCUGACAAGUGAAGUUUUACAAUUUGACUGGUCUACAUUUGGGGACGUUGAUAAAGUUGCGGAUUGUGUCAACAGUGUGCAUUUGACGAAAGGCCCAUGGCUUCUGCAGACAGACUCUUCUCUCCACCAAUUAAAGAUGCUUGUGGAAAACAAGCACAGAGUGGCAAACCUGAUGAUCAUUUCAAGAGUCAUCCCUGAGGUUACAGUGGGUGUUUGCUGAAGUGUCUAGGCUCGCCACAAUAACAAUUUCAAGACACCAGCAGCCACGUGAUGCAGUGAAGUGAUGUUCAUUAUACGAUGGAUGAAUUGCAUGCAGUUGAUGUUGAAGCCUGCCUGUGGUCACUGAGCUUAAUUGCCUAGAAAAUGGACUCUUACAGAUAUUAUAAAGUUAAUGGUCAUUGCACUAAGUUGAUGGCCAUAACCACUCGCUGUACAUGAAUAAUAUAAUCCUGAUCAUAUGUUUUGUCUUUUACAUCGCAAGGGUUAUUUCAGAACGAAGCACCUUCUUGCAAUCAUUCACUUGUGCGAACUUCAUUGGCAAAAUCUUAUUAUACUUAAUUCCAGGCUGCAAGUAGUAUGUGUUGUGUAAACCUGUAUGGCGUUCAAGUAAAUCAUUUCCUGCACCAUUACAAAAGUUUCACUGGAGAUUAUUAAACAAUAUUCAUUACAUUAUUACAAACAUAACUUGUAUAUACAUUUGCACACGUACAUUUAUGUAAUAUUUGUUCAGUAUUAGUAAAGUUUCUUGUAUUUCU